CCACUUACCUACGGCCCACGGUACUGGAGGCGGCGGUGGUUCGAGAAUCGACCACGGCUCAGCCAGCCUCCUCCACCACACCCGCCGCCUACCUCCCCCCUUCCCGCCGCCGUGGAAGGAGACCGGCGGCUGGCUCCCACCGCUUCCGCGAGGGUUCGGAGGCAGUAGGCUCCGCUGCUGCCAUGCUCUCCAGGAUCUCUCAACUCGGGGCGCGCGGCUCGUGCGCGAGACCAGAGCUGCAGGAAACUUGUCAAGCCAUAGCAGCAAUUACUACCGAGGUCUCAGCCGGCAUUCAGCCCCAGCGAAGAGCAUCCUCUUCUCCACCGCAACAACAAGUAGUCAUCAUGAUGAAGGCGGUGACGACAAGGAGAAAAUCUCUGUAACAUUUGUGAACAAGGAUGGCACUGAGAAAACGAUAAGUGUUCCUGUCGGAAUGUCCAUGUUAGAAGCUGCUCAUGAAAAUGACAUAGAACUUGAAGGAGCAUGUGAAGGGUCGCUCGCAUGUUCCACUUGUCAUGUCAUAGUUAUGGAUGUAAAGGACUAUAACAAGCUAGAGGAUCCAACAGAUGAGGAAAAUGAUAUGCUUGACCUUGCAUUUGGGCUGACAGAAACGUCCCGUCUUGGCUGCCAAGUAAUAGCGAAGCCCGAACUUGACGGCGUCCGACUGGCGUUACCUGCCGCUACACGAAACUUCGCGGUAGAUGGGUUCGUGCCAAAGCCACACUGAAGACAGCCAUCAGUUUUGUACCUUAGCAUCAUCAUGUAACUUCACUACGGUAUCGUCCCUGAGAGCCCCCGUGCCCUCGGACUUGGAUCUGUUCUCAUUUUAUGAGCUCCUUGGUCAGUGCAAGAUCAUCAGUGUUGUACACUGGCAGUGGGUGAAUACUGAAUAAACAAGUUGUGUUUGUGACACCCCAUGGGCGAUAUUAUUUGGAGGACAGGGAAUAAAAGCUUGUUCCAGAGGUUUUGGGGA